CAGCAGCCAGCCAACAACAGCAGCGCACACACGUUUUCAAACGCCAAGUGGGGGAUAAACAAAACAGCAACAAGCUGGAAAGUACCACCCCGGAGUGAGCUGGCACAUUCAGACACAGCCCUGCCAUCAAGUUGAAACCUGGGAGGUGAGCGAAGACGAAGGAGACACCGGAAAGGAAGGAAGGGAGGAAGGUAUCCGGAUUGUUGCGGGCGCUUGGCGCGAGACAUCCCCGGGUAGAGACGCCUGCGGCAGCAUCAGGACCACCAGGGAUGGAGGGGGAGAAUCACGUGCCGGACGACCUCACCCCAGAGGAGCAGCAGGAGCUGGAGAAUAUCCGCCGGCGCAAGCAGGAGCUGCUGGAGGACAUUCAGCGGCUGAAGGAUGAGAUAGCAGAAGUGACAAGUGAGAUCGAGAACCUGGGUUCCACUGAGGAGAGGAAAAAUAUGCAGAGGAAUAAACAGGUGGCCAUGGGCCGAAAGAAAUUUAACAUGGACCCCAAAAAGGGGAUCCAGUUCCUGAUUGAGAAUGACCUGCUGAAGAACACCAGCGACGACAUUGCUCAAUUCCUCUACAAGGGCGAGGGCCUCAACAAAACAGCCAUCGGAGAUUACCUCGGAGAGAGAGAUGACUUCAAUAUCCAAGUCCUCCAUGCCUUUGUGGAGCUUCAUGAGUUCACAGACCUCAACCUGGUUCAGGCCCUAAGACAGUUCCUGUGGAGUUUUCGGCUACCGGGAGAAGCUCAGAAGAUCGACCGCAUGAUGGAGGCCUUCGCCCAGCGCUACUGCCAAUGCAACCCUGGCGUUUUCCAGUCCACAGACACCUGUUACAUCCUGUCAUUUGCCAUCAUAAUGCUGAACACCAGCCUCCACAACCCGAAUGUGAAGGACAAGCCGUCUGUGGAACGAUUCAUAUCCAUGAACAGAGGAAUCAAUGACGGAGGAGACUUACCUGAAGACCUGCUCAGGAAUCUGUAUGAGAGCAUCAAGAAUGAGCCUUUCAAAAUCCCAGAGGAUGACGGCAACGACCUCACACACACUUUCUUCAACCCAGACAGAGAGGGCUGGCUGCUAAAACUGGGAGGAGGACGAGUUAAGACCUGGAAGAGGAGGUGGUUCAUCCUCACAGACAACUGUCUGUACUACUUUGAGUACACCACAGACAAGGAGCCCAGAGGAAUCAUCCCCCUGGAGAACCUCAGCAUCAAGGAGGUGGAGGAUAAGAAGCCUAACUGCUUUGAGCUUUUCAUUCCCGACAACAAGGACCAGGUGAUAAAAGCGUGCAAGACAGAGGCUGACGGACGUGUUGUGGAGGGUAACCACACCUUCUACCGCAUCUCUGCCCCCACUGCUGAGGAAAAAGAUGAAUGGAUGAACAGCAUCAAAGCUGCCAUCAGCAGGGACCCCUUUUACGAGAUGCUGGCAGCCAGGAAGAAGAAGGUGUCGUCUAUGAAGAGGCACUAGAGCAGCCCAGCGUUCCAGAUGUUGCACUUGACAGAGUAGGGGGGGGGGUCUGGGUAUCUGCUCACCCUGUGUGGGUCGGUGCAGAGGCUUCCUCAGACCUCGGCCGUGGGGGAUUUCUCUAGGAUACAUACUAGCUCUGGCUUUGGGACUCUACAGGCCAGAAAAACAGGAAGCAUGCUGGGGUUUCUAGAUAAGAGUCAGGGCCAAAGUGUCCUCUAACCUCCUGUCUCUCUUUCUCUCUCAGCUUUGUGUGUGCUCUCUGUCUAUGAGGCCAAAAGGAAAUCUUGCUGUGACGCAGCAAAAUCCCCUUUGAAGAUGCUUUAAAACAAACACAAUGCCCAUAUACAUCGCACACAAACACAACAUGCAUACACUCAUGCAGUCCCUCGUAGCACACAUCAUUUAAAACUCAGCAGGUCUGACCAAGUGUGGCGCUCCAACCAAAAUAUUCCUUGCUUUCCGAAAGAAAAGUUUCUGAUGUGCUUUAAUAUGUUAGGGUAAUAUGUGUCUAUUUUUACAGCUUUAAAUGUUGAUUCCUCUUGCGUCUGUUUUGUUUGCUUUUGUACAAAACAUAAAAAAAGGUCUUGCAACUGAAUCUGCAGUGGGGGCGGGGUGUGGGAAGGAGGGAGGGUAUAAUUUGCCAACUGGUAUUGAUUUUGUAGGAAAACGAAAAAGAAAACAAAAACUUCUGUUUCAAAAAAAAAGUUGCCACUCAGGAGAUUGUUACGAUGUUCUGAAACUUUUCCAUGUCCGUGUUGACAUGGAUCCUGUUCGCCACAUGACAGCCAUGUGAGGAAUGAAAGCCUCAUCUGUGUCCCAGACUGAACUCUCUUUUUUUUUUUUCGUAAAUGUGAAGCUGCAGUGUGGGGACGUACUGCUGCAGGUGAGGGUGUCUGCAUGUCUGGCUCUCGCUGUUCAUUUCCUGCAGGUCCUGGAGAUGCAUCCAGGGGAUUAGCGUCUUUUAAAAGGGACGAGUGUUGAUCACCCUGGGCUUCUCUUAAGGUCUUUAGUCGUCUGGAAAUUAGAGCUGGUGGCCCCUUUUUUAUUUUCUCUUCCUACACAUUUUUUUCUCAUCUGUCUCAAACACAAGACCACCUUCUAUUACUUAAUUUCAUGGUUAGGAAAGAUGUUUUACUGCUGCACAGUGCCUGGUGCUCUAGAUGAAAUGUGAUGAGAAAAGCUGCUGGUUAGCGACAGUAAUUCACAGUUUUCUUCUCCCAGUUGAACAACAGUUAAUCUUUUCCUGCCUUCAUUGUGCUUUUUCUUUGUACCUAUUAAAUGGUAAAACAAAUCACUCGUUAUUUUCAGCCGUCAGCCCGACCUCAUUGAUCCUUGUACAAUACUGUGUGCUUCAGGUUAUAUAUAAGACAUGAUAUAUGACCUAUUGUUGUAGAGGCUUCAAAGCGGCACAAAUAAACGUGCAGUUCUUUGAAGCUAUUUCUGGAAAAGAAUGGGUCAUCCCCCGUCUCAGGAUCCAAAGUGUGAUGUGAAACAAUACAAAACUACUUGUUGUGUGAGGAAUGUACUGCGGCGAACCAAACGAUGAAGGUCAGGGUGGCUAAUUGGUCAGGCCAAGGCAGUGACACGUCAUUUUUGUCAAACUGCGUCGAGGUACCAAACGCAGUCGCGAGUCGUGCAUCAAGUGGUUGUCUUUUCUACUCUCCAGUCGUCUGUGCCUGCUGGUCAUUAUCUUCACCCCCUGCCUGUUCUGUUUCCUGGUUCUCUUCCUCUCUCUCUCUCUCUGCUCCUCUCUGCGCUCUGAUCCUAGAGGAAUAAGGAAAAAAAAGCAAAACAAUCAUAAUUCUAGACAGUAUUGGUUUAUUUAUCAAAGUUGUACAUACUUAAAUGUAUAGUGGGUAUUUUGUCUUCAUUUGUCUAUUAGUUGUGCCAUUUUUCUUUUGGUAUUCCGUUCAAUAAUGUUUGAUUUGAGGUUUGUAUCAUUGCCAUUUAAUCAAGCUGAAAUAAAGACAGAUUUGUCACAUC